CACACCCCCAUGUACUUCUUCCUCCUCAACCUCUCCCUCCUCGACCUUGGCUCCAUCUCCACCACUGUCCCUAAAUCCAUAUCCAAUUCCCUGUGGGACACCAGGGCCAUUUCCUACUCAGCAUGUGCUGCCCAGACAUUUUUAUUUGUCUUUUUCAUGUCAUCUGAGUAUUCUCUUCUCACAGUCAUGGCCUACGACCGCUUUGUUGCCAUCUGCAAACCCCUGCACUAUGGCACAGUCAUGGACAGCAGAGCCUGCGUGAAAAUGGCAGCAGCUGCCUGGGCCAGUGGUUUUCUCUAUGCUCUCCUACAUACUGCUACCACCUUUUCAAUACCACUCUGCCAAGGCAACACAGUGGGCCAGUUCUUCUGUGAAAUCCCCCAGAUCCUCAAGCUCUCCUGCUCAGACGCCUACCUCAGGGAAACUGGGCUUCUUGUGGUUAGUGCCUGUUUAUUCUUUGGGUGUUUCAUUUUCAUUGUGCUGUCCUACGUGCAGAUCUUCACUGCUGUGCUGAGGAUCCCCUCUGAGCAGGGCCGGCACAAAGCCUUUUCCAUGUGCCUCCCGCACCUGGCCGUGGUCUCCCUGUUUCUCAGCACUGGCACGUUUGCCUACCUGAAGCCCCCCUCCCUCUCCUCCCCAGCUCUGGAUCUGGUGGUGGCUGUUCUGUACUCGGUGGUGCCUCCAGCAGUGAACCCCCUCAUCUACAGCAUG